AUGGCAUCUUACUUCUCGUCUUUCCUACAAGCAGGCUCGUACCAGAAGCGCCUUCUGAAAUAUGCCCUUUCGCGUCUCGAGAUACUCGAUACCGAUGCCCUGGAUCUCGAGAACUUAGAUAUUGCACUGGGAAGGAGCAGUACGCUUGAAUUCAGAGAUGUUGGUCUGCGGUUAAAGAAACUCGAAGCUUUACUUCAACUGCCGGCCUCGUUCGAAGUUACAAAAGCUCGGAUCUUACUCCUUCGCCUGACGAUACCGGUAAAUCUCUACAACAGUCCUAUUGUGGUAGAAGUGGAUGGGGUCGAGGGACAUCUCCGUGUCAAGUCAAACCCCGAGAAAGGUUCAGAUAUAAACCAUGACCGGAAACGAAAGAAACAAGACCCUGCCACAGCUAAAUCGAAUAAGAAAGGUCAUGCAGGAAAUAAGGGAACUGGCGAUGAUGAUUCUGAACAAGUAAUCCCUACGGCUAUCGAUUUGGCCCAGUCUUUCCUACAAGCGGAACCAGAAGAAGAGAAAGAGAAAUUGGAGGCUGCAUUACUCUCUCAAACACAAGAGUUGAAUCCUUCAUCUUCUUUUAUAGAGGAUGACGAGGAAGUGCCUGUUGGAACCGGAGCGCCAAUCUCACUCCCCGUUGUUUUUAUGACAUUUCUUCAAGGCAUUGUAGAUCGUCUUCAAGUCCGUAUUCGUGGUAUAACGAUCAAUGUUGACUUGGAAGUUGCCAGUGAUGCACAAAAAGCACCUCUACCGAACCCUCCGGAUUCUGUUACUGUUCAAUUAAAAGUAGAGGAUGUGGAUAUUGAAGGCGUCACAUCCGAUGUCGAUGCGCCAUUGUCCCCUAGUGGGGAGCAGAACUUGAGAUACAAGGAAGGGAAACGGUUGAUAUCUCUUGCAAAAAUUCGCGGGGCCCUCAUAUCUGAAGCAAAUCUGUUUUCUGGCUUAUCACGGUCAACAACGGCAUCUUCUCCAUCGGUGGCUCACUCGGACGUCUCGGAGGGGUUCAGAUCGAUGCAAAAGUCUACAAGUACACAAGGAAGCGGUGCGCAAAGAUCUGACCAUGCUGUGGAUGACCGAGGUUCAGUGGCUUCUUCGCCGGGCUUUUCUGUGCCCUCGUUGACUAGAAAUCUUGGCAGCUCUCAACCGUUGCUGGAAUCAGUAGUUGCCAGUGAAGGUGGCCGCUUCGACGAUGCGUCAGAAGAAGGUUCAAACAUGUCGGAAAGUCUCCGAGACAGUAUGAGUGAAAGUGUAUUUGAGAAUUCUGCGUACUUGGAUCAGGUGACAGAUAGCCAAUAUAUGGAAGAAGAUUAUGCACAGCAUCAAUUACAUCGUUCAAGAGGGCUUAUUAAGAACGACAGCCUUGGGUCACCUAUGUCAACGCCAAAAGCUUCAAUGAUCAUCAACCCUACGACCCGAGCAGAGUUCAACACCGCCGAAACGAGGUUCGAAAGUUCGUCCGAGGCACCUUCUGUUCUGCAUUCAACUAUACUACCUCCAAGACCGCACUCAAGGUUUUCUGAGGGACGUGUGUCUCAAUCACAGCCCUCUCUCCCUUCAGAUCUUGUAGCGAAUCCUAGGGUUCGGGCAGCUCAUGACGAACCUCCCCCUGUAGAUAACAGCAACGUCAGCAGUGACGAAGAUGAGGAAGACGAACUCCCAACUCCAAUCCCCGAGGAAGAUCUUACUCGGUCACUGCUGUUCAGCCACGAGGAGGCCGAAAGUAUGUACAUGAGUGCCGUUUCCCACACUUCUUCGGUCAGACCUAUGCCUGGCGGGUGGGGGAGCGCUCAUGAUGGUGCUGACGACAGCUCUCCUGGUCCAGCGAGCCCGAUUCUUUCGCCGCCACCAGAAUCCUUAGAUAAUCUCGAGCACGCAAGACAACAAUCUCCCGAGAAAUCUUCGACUCAAUACCAGAAUCCAAGUCAUUCUUCGUCUUCCAUCGCGGACUCGAUGCGAACAGCGAGGACGAUCUCAUCCCCACCCACCCUAAGUCAACAAAAAAGACACCAUUCUUUACCACAUGAGUCCAGUGGUUUAUCGGAACGCUCUGAAGCCUCUUCAGAUGAAUACACACGUCUAAGCAAACAAAUCCUCAGUCUUGACAGAGUUGAUAUCUACGUGCCUUCGCUAAACAAGUACAAUAUAAUACCACCAUCUGAGGAAUCAGCUGCUCAUGAUGUUUUCGAUGAAGGGGAUGUCUUGUCUCAAUCUGCAUCCCAAAAUCUGCCAGGGGCAUUCUCAACACACCUCCCUCCAAGAGAAGUACCGAGGGCCACUAAAUCUCCUUCGAAUAAAGCCCAGUCUCUCCCGAAGCCAAACAUUGCUGCAAACAGUGACGUUGAGAUUGCUAUUGGACAACUAUGGACACACUUUGAUAUAUCCGUGGGCAGAUUACUAACCAUGAUUAUUCGCCAAUUACUGGAAUCAAAAGAUCAGGAGCCCCCUGCGUCUGCAAGAGCUCUAUCAGAUCCCAAAGAGCUAUCUCCUGGCACCAGCGUCAAUUGGAAAUUGAGUGUCGAAACUAUUGGUUUGAUAUUUGUGGAGAAGCUUGAAGGGACGUUGAACCCUGCCAGAACUUCUGUCGAAGCUGCCCGUCCGAAGUGGCCGUCGAAGUCCGAUACUUUGCUACAGGCGAGCGUCAAAGGUCUCAGCAUAGACUCUAAAUCGUCCGGUGAUAUCACCAAAACGUCAUUAUCCGUUGAAAAGUUCAACUUUGGCUAUGCAAACGAGAGUAUCGCCAUGUUUGACGCGGGAUUAUCAAUGCACAAUUCCGUGCGAGACCUAAAAGCCGCAGAAGGAAUUGACGUUCGUAUCGCUAUCACCAAAACUGGCAGUAUCACGCGAUGCGAAAUGACCACCUUGCCCGUGCAUAUAUCGAUAGACCUACAGAGACUUGACGAAACGUUCAGUUGGUUUGGUGGGCUCAGUAGCGUGUUGAACCUGGGCAGCUCCAUUGCCUCUAAUGCUACGAUAACUGCAGCAAGCCCUGGGAAACCAAAGCCGCGGGGUGUACGAUUUGAUACCCCUAUCCGGCCGGAUGACAAAUCUUCUUCAGCUCAAAACAAAUUGGAUGUAAGAAUCGGUGGGUUUGUAUUAGACCUUCUUGGUACUGAUUGCAGCGUCGGGCUUGAAACUUCUGCUGUCAAGUUCAUUUACCGCGAUGAAGGUUUGGGACUGCAAGUUCAAGCAGUGCGGUUAGCUGGACCGCAUCUCAGACGCUCGAGUCGAGAACCUGCAAUCACCACUGAUCUAACAGGAACUCGACUUGAGUUUCUUUCGUCGCCGAAAGAUGCCGAUCUAGAUCGAUUGCUUGCCCUCAUAACUCCGUCGAAUUCUCAGUACGAUAAUGACGACGACAUAAUGAUCGAUACUUUGUUGCGACAACGGAGACAAGGGUCCGUCCUGAAACUUACGAUUGAUAAAUGUCAAGUGCGAAUGUCCAAUCUCGACGACCUCAACUACUUACCCGAACUUGGAGAAGAAGUUUCCAGGUUGGCUACAGUUGCAAAGUAUCUUCCCGAUGACGACCGUCCUGGUCUUUUGUCGCUUAUUUCAGUCAAGAACUUUGAUGCCGACGUUGAGUUUCAAAAUGAUAUCGGCUCUAUUCAGAUCUCGUCUCUUGAGAAUGAAGUUGCGCAGAUCACAUUUCCUUCACUUGUCGCACUCAGUGUCAAGAGCAUACAUGCACGAAGGAAUAAAUCAGAAGAGCUCGUCGGACCAGCCACAGAUCCUGAACUUAGAGAGGCUAGAGAACGAGCGCCUGCGAUAAUGGCGCGUAUGAUUGGUGACGAGAUGGAGCCCGUUGUAAGAGUCAAACUUUGGAAUUUGAGAUUUGAAUAUCGAGUUCCAACGUUAAUGACUCUGUUGGGUCUCGCACAGAACGCUACUCCACAGGACCUUUCUGCAAGUAUGGCAGCAUCUGUCGCAACUCUCACCAAUUUCGCUCGCGAAAAUGUCCCCUCGCAGCGCGAUAUCCCACCUUUAUCAAGUGUACCACCAUCGAAGCCGCUUGCUGUUAGCAUGGUGAUCCGAGAUAGUAUCAUCGGCUUAAAUCCUCUUGGGCUUCCGUCCAAACUACUCUUUGUCCUGACUGAGGCAAAAGUCAACGCGGUACUUCCGAAAGAUGAGAAGACCUCUGCCUCAAUAGACGUCGACAAAGGAUUCAUACUCGUAGUUGACAAUAUUGCUCAUGUUGUCACCGAGGAUACGAUAGCCAGACCUAGACGUCAGUCCUUCGACGGUCCUAACAGCCAAGCUUCAGAUCUCUGCUCCACAGGUUACGUUAUUGUCGGACGCAUUCGCGCAGCAAGGACGUCUAUUCUAGUUUUGCAAGACGAUGAUGGAGAAAAGAUUAUUGAAGUUGAGCUUCGUGACCUCUUCUUCGUGCUUGAAUCAUGUGCCGACUCGACACAAACCCUGAUCGCAAUUCUUGGUGCGCUUGCUCCACCAACUUUGCCAAGUAAGGAGAUCAAAUAUCGUACGAAGCCGAUGGCGGUACAGGACCUUCUUGCUUCUCUAUCAGGCGAUGCUUUUGGUGGCGCCGAGGGAGCUUACAACAUUGACGAAGAUUUCGACUUGAGCGCUCUCGAGGAAUUAGGUGAGGAGGCCGACGACCUUGACUUUGAUCCGCAUUUCUACCAACAAGAACUUGAUCAUCAAUUUGAUCAAGACUUAAUUGCAGGCAUGGCCGCUUCAUCCUCCUCAACCAAGCUCAGCAGUCGAGAUACAAGCGAUGGUGUUCUCUUAGAUAGCUUCACCGAUUUGAACGAGCCUGAAGUGGUGGGUGAAAUCGACUUCGAUGAUAAUUACUUUGGGCCUGGCACGGUUUUAGAAGGCACUGCCCAUCGGUGGAAUUCUGCGAGGGACACGUACGAUCAAUCAAACGUUGAAAAAGUACAGAAAAGUCCAUUAAGGGUUUGCGUGAGAGAUAUUCACGUCCAAUGGAAUCUCUUCGACGGCUACGAUUGGCAGGAUACUCGUGAUGUAAUCACGAAAGCCGUCCACGAUGUUGAGUCCAAAGCUAUAGAGAAGCGUGCUCGAAAUGAGAGACGCUCGGCUUUCGAUCGAGACAUUGAUGAUGAUGAAGACGAUCUUGUGAUCGGAGACUUUCUGUUCAAUUCGAUAUAUAUCGGCAUUCCUGCGAAAUCUGAUCCGCGAGAGUUAUCUGCCGCGAUCAAUCAAGACUUCUUGAACGAUACCGCAACUGAGACAGAGUCAAUCGCCACGACGACAACGAGUUCAACAUCUAGCAGACCGGGAAGAGCGAGACAACCAAAGUCGAAGAAGUUGCGACUAAAUCGUAGCAGACGUAACAAGAUAACCUUCGAACUCAAGGGCGUCAAUAUAGAUCUAGUUACUUUCCCGGAAAGUAGUGGUGAGACGCAAAAUUCUAUCGACAUUCGUGUAAAGGAUCUGGAUGUCAUCGAUUGCAUACCAACAUCUACCUGGAAAUCUUUUGCAUCGUAUAUGCACGAGGCUGGUGAAAGAGAAAUGGGAAGUAGUAUGGUGCAUAUAGAGAUUCUCACAGUUAAACCGGUCACUGGCCUCGCAGCGUCUGAGCUGGUAUUGAAAGUGACGAUCCUUCCACUUCGCCUCCACGUUGAUCAGGAUGCUCUGGACUUUAUCACUCGCUUUUUCGAGUUCAAGGACGACAAUGCGCCCACGCGCCCACCUUCACCCGGGGAUAUUCCCUUCAUUCAGAGGGCAGAGAUCAACAAUAUUGUUGUUAAGUUAGACUUUAAGCCGAAACAUGUCGACUAUGCCGGUUUGCGUGCCGGCCAUACGACGGAGCUGAUGAACUUUGCAAUAUUAGACCAGGCAGAUAUGGUCCUUCGCCAUACGAUAUUGUAUGGCGUCUCUGGAUUUGAUAGACUCGGAAAGGAUCUGAACAACAUUUGGAUGCCUGAUAUCAAGCGUAAUCAGCUCGAGGGUAUCUUGAAGGGCCUGGUUCUCGUACAACCGGUCGCCAAUUUAGCUGGUGGCGUCAAACAACUUGUCACUGGGCCAAUCGAUGAGUACAAGAAAGACGGCCGUAUUAUUCGAAGUAUUGCUAGGAGUGCGACUAAAGUUGGAAAGAGCACCGUCACUGGAGGUAUAAAGCUGGGUGCGAAAGCCUUCGUCGGGUUGCAUACCGUGCUACAAGGAACGGAAGGCUUUCUUGGACCAACUACCGAACGGUCGAUUUAUGAGGAGGGCGAUUCCGACGAAGACCAGAAGAAGAUUAGCCCAUACGCCAAUCAACCUUAUGGUGUAGCUCAAGGCGUGCAGAGCGGGUUCUCUGGCCUGCAGCGAGAUCUGCUUAUGGCUCGCGACGCGUAUAUUGGUAUUGGGAGCGAAUCGAUGGAAAGUCAGAGCGCAGCAGGUGUAUAUAAAGCUGUUCGGAAACAUGGACCAACCCUCGUUCUUCGGCCACCUAUUGCUCUAACUAGGUUCGCCGGACAGGUUCUGAUGGGUGCGACGAAUUCGUUGGACCCGGCAAAUUUGCAAAGAGCUGAUGCUAAAUACAAAAAGCAUUAA